AUUUUUUUCAAGAAUUCACUUAUUUAAACAUUAUUAAGACCCCCACAGAGCAACAAUUUAUUUUUAAAAUGAGAUAUAAUUCGCUUGUUUUUACUAUCUCCUGUUUCUAAUGUUUCCUACAAUUUUUGAUAAAAAUUAGCCUUUUGCAUUAUUUCAGAGAAAUACAAAAUGCAAAAUUUUAGAGAUGAAAUCCUAAGUAGAAUAGGUAUUCAAUGUGCUAUCUAUUAUAGAACAAUUUUUAACAAUCUCAAACAGUUAUUACAUAUUAUAUUGUUAAUUUUGACAUCUCACACCAAUAAUUAUUUCUACUAUUUUUUAUUUUUUGGUCAACUCCUCGCCUAAUUAUUAACCAUAAUAGUGCUGACUGAAAGUAUAGCGAAUAUUAUGACGCACUCGCAAACGGAAGGAUAUAUUGUAAUUUGGCAUUAAAUGAGUUAAAUUUUCAUGGCCCAUUUAUCUGUCCUUAAUAUAUCUAUAUUUAUAUAUUUUGUUUGUCAGUGAAUUUAAUUUUUUUUUUUUUGAGGUAUUUUAGCCAUUUUAGUAUAUUAACUUUCUUCCUUGGUUUCAUAUUUCAAAUCGUUUCUUGGGGAACUAAUUUCAAUUUUUUUUUGUUUACAGUUAAAUAUAAAGAAAAAUCACAUGAGCUUGAUUCUCUUAACAUCCAACUUGAACAAUCUGGUGAGUUUAAAAACAAAAUAAUGGAAUCUCAAGCUGCCUUAAAACGAGAUCUAGAGAGAGCAAAGCGAGAGCGUCAAGAAGCUCUUGAUGCCAAAGAUGAACUAUCUGAAAUGGCGGACACAUUAGAAAUGGCCACAUUGGACAAAGAAAUGGCUGAAGAAAAGGCAGAAUCUUUACAAAAAGAACUUGAGCAAGCAAUGGAAAGGAUUGAAGAACUAGAAAUGGAACUGGAAAUAGUGAAAGCAGAGCUUUCUGACAAAAUGGAAGCAGCUGGAAUUACAGUAGAUGAGGAUGAAGCCACUCCUUUCAAGAUGAAGCAGCUUCUUCAGCAAAAUGAAAAACUUAAGGAUACCCUUGUUAGAUUAAGAGAUUUAUCAGCUCAUGAAAAACAUGAAAAGCAAAAACUUUUAAAAGAUUUUGAAGAGAAACAAUCCGAUUUUGAUCAGCUUCUGAAAUGUGAUGAAAAACUUAAAUCAAGAAUAACUGAAAUGGAAGAGCAGAUUGAUGAGCUGCAUGCCCAGGUUGAUGCAGCUUUAGGUGCUGAAGAGAUGGUCGAAACAUUGGGUCAACAAAAGCUUUCGUUGGAAGAAAAAGUGAAAGAGUUGGAAGAAACUGUUGCUGAACUUGAAGAGCUUCAAGAAGUUAAUGAUCAACUUCAAGAAGGGUUCAAAGAGCAAGAACAAGACUUCAGACAAGAACUUGAUCUUAAAAAUUUACAGAUAUGGGAGGCACAAAGAAAGACUGAGCAGUUGCUGGAAAGUCUAGCAGAUAGAGAAUUAACAAUUGUAAAAUUCCGAGAACUUGUUAGCCGUAUUCAGGAAGAAAAUCAAGAUUUAAGACUACAAGUUGACAGUAGUUCUAAGGCAUCACCAAUGCCAUCUGAAAUUUAUGAUUUCAAAAAAAUGUUUGCAGAGACAAAAGCACAUGCUCGUGCCAUUGAUCUUGAGCUGAGGCAUAUGGAAGUACACCAGGCUCAGCAGCAUGUUCAAUACCUCGUCAAUUUUAUGCCAGAUUUUUUCCUUGUCCGAGGAGGAGACAAUGAUGCUGUAAUGUUGGUUCUUUUGAUGCCACGUCUUCUUGCAAAAUGCCAGGUUUUGAUUUCACAGUUAAGAGACAAAUUUCCUGCUGUCGCUACUGUUGAUAAAACCACUGUUGUAAAAGCACAACAGUUUUCAGCCAUGUCAAGGUUUUCUACGCAUAUUUAUAUUUUAAUGGGAGUACUUCACCAAUUUGUUCACGGAUUAAAUACUUGUAAACCAGAAACAUUACUCAAGGCUGGAUCUUCUUAUUUAGAUAUGGUACAGCAGGAAAAGGCGUUGGAUGCUUACAUUGAACUUCUCAAGCAGGACAAAGUGGAUGAAAAUGUAAAUACUGAUAGUUUGGAAAGAAUAGUAACUUAUUUCAGUACACUGCACAAUACACUGAUCCUGCAAUCUGGCGACACUGGAAUUCAUCAAGGGCAGUUGCUUGCGGAUACUGGCAAGGCAAUUCUCUGUGCCAUUGACAGCAUUAACACUGACAUAAACAUUAUACUGGCACUUACUCAGAAUGAUGGUUUAGAGGUGCUAAAGAAGACACCUAGCUGGUUUGAAGGACUCAGGUCACAGCUUAGACAAGUUAGAAGACACUCUGAUGUUGGUGAUCUUCAUUUGAGCACUGGCUCAGAUCUCAGUGGAGUGUCACCCCAUGUCGUGACUUUGGCUAGAGUUAUUGCUGAAACUGCUACUGGUCUCGCUCUAACUACCAAUGAUACUGACAGCCUGUUGCCGACGUCAAAGUUUCAAGAAGUUCUGAGACAGAGUUUUGAUAAACAUGUAGAUUCAGAGAAGUAUAAAUCUGAUACAAGCUAUAUAGAGCAAUCUAUGGAAGCAAUAGCUAUUCACGUUUCGAACCUUGUGAAAGCUUUACAAGAUAAUGAAGAUAAAUACCUUGCUCAGCAGAAAGAAAAGGAGAAUAUUGAAGCACCUUUAAUGGUCCGUGCCAAGGCUGUUAAAGCCAAAUUGAAUGCAAUGUCAGGUGUUGAAAAACGACUAGAGAGGAGUGCUGAAGACAUGAGGGAAAUGAGGAUGGCCUUAAGAGCGAAGCAAGAAGAACUUGCUGAAAUGUCCUUGAGGAAGGAUAUAUCAGAAAAGAAAUUGGCUAAUAUAACUAGGGAUUAUGAGUUAACAAUUGAAACAUUAAAGCGUAAACUUGAAGAAUCUCACCAGCAACUAAAAAGGAAAGAAAAAGAAUUUGAAGAAACUAUGGAUCAUCUUCAAAAGGAUAUUGAUUCUUUAGAAAUGGAAAAAGGUGAAUUAAAAGACAAACUGAAAACACUGCCAAAGAAAGCUGUCAUGGAUAUGAAAGCUUCACCUAUGAGUUUGAUCAGUAAUGAAGGUGGCCUCAGCAAUAUGAAAGUCAUUGAAUCGCCUAUUUUACUUAAUGAAAUUGAUUUAUUGAAGUCAGAAUUAAGGCAUGAAAAGCGAUUAAGAACAAAAGCUCAGUACAGGCACUACAUGGAUGUACUUAAAAAACUACCUCCAAUUCAUGUGAAAAGUAAAUCUAAUAUUGAGAAUGAAGAUAUCAGAAGGAUUGAAGAAUUGCAGAAAAGAGUAUUGCGUUUUCAGCAAGAUUUCAUCAAUAGCUUACCUACUGUAGUUAAUUUCUCAAAGAUAAAGCCUGGAAUAGACAGAAAGAAUUAUAUGCACAAGUACUUAAUAGAAGAAGAAAUAAAAGAAAAGAAAAUGAGAGACAGUCUUAACAAACUACAGAUGGAAGUAACUAAUGAAAUAAUAAGACAAAGAAAAGGAGCUCAUAUUAAGACUGAUCUUGCAUUAUUUGCUUCACCAGAAAUGGUUAAGGCUGCCCAAGAGACAGAUUUUGUCCCGAUGUGUGAAAUUGUCAUGAAAACAGCAGAUCCUGAUCUGAUGGGGAAGACAAUUUCUCUCAAUGUAGAUUUGUCAACAUUAGAAGUAAUCAAGAAAAAGCUAUUCGCUCUAUCAUAACCGAAUAAUCCAUAAAAAUGAACAUUUUUAGGAUUUAAAACGCUUAUACUCUGUUGUGGAUAUAUUGGUCUUUUAUUGUGAUUAUUUUUUGUUAUAAAAACUCAUUAAUAUUAAGAUAAUUUAACUUAAAUGUUUUAAUAAAAUUAAUUAUUUAUUAUGUGAAUAGAUUAUGUAUGGAUAAUUUAUUAAAAUAUGUAUUUUUUAUAUUAAAUUAUAAAUAAAGCAAUAAAGAAGUUUUGACAACAAAUAAUACUUAUUUUAAUUGAAUACAUUUAGUGGGUCGUCACAUUCUAGAUUAAAAUUCAAUUAAACCAAGGAUUAAUACAAUUUCUUAUUUACAUGGUGUUAAUGCUUGUUGCUUGAUGUUAUUUAUAAAUCGCCUUAUUCUAUUUUCAUCUGGUGAGCCUUUGUGAUCUCCUCUUAAUUAAUAGUGAUACAUUGUUGUCAUUCAUGACCAUUUUCAAUUUGGUAUCUUCUAAAUUGCCUUGUCAAUAUUAUAAUAUAAUUUAAAGAAUAUUACACCAUAUGCAGUGAGACUACUUACUAGGCUUUACUAGACUGGUUUUUAGAAGAGCUUGAUCCACCAUAGGCCAAAUUUUUCCUUUGAGAAUAAUAUUGUAAUAUAAUCAUAUAAUGAUAUGAUGGAGCAGAGCCUCAAUUACCAAAUGGCAAUGCAUUAUCUUUUUGUUGACUCCAAAGCAGCUAAUGAUAGCGUAAACAAGGAGGAACUCUACCACACUUUGUAGGACCUGGGUAUAACUGGGAAGUUGAUCCAGCUGGUAAAAAUGACUAGCAAGAAAUACACUGUAAAUGUAAAAAUAUGCAAAGAUCUUUCUGAGGAAUAUGAGUAGGAUACUGGCUUAAGACAUGGGGAUUCAUUGGAUUCUCUCUUAUUUAACUUAACAGAAGAAAUGAUAAUAAGGGGAUCCCAAAUCCAGGAUGAUGAGACCAUCUUUAAUUUACAAGUUAAACAGUUGGCAUACAUUGAUGGCAUCGGCAUUAUUGUUUCUUAAUGUUCUAUUCUGUAAAGGCAGCCAGAAGAUUUGAUCCUGUUGUAAAUGGCGCUAAAACUAAAUACAUGUAGGGCCAGGGGCUGGUGAAAGACUUUGAAGUAGAAGGAUACAAAUUCCAGUAAGUAGAGAGUUUUGUCGACCUGGAAUCUGAAGUUAAUUCAAUUAACUUUCUCCAUCAAGAGAUAUAUAUGUAGAAUAAGAGCCUUAGAAAACAGACAUUAUUUCACUCUCUUCUAGCACAUAAGAAGCUGGUUUAUUUCCAAUCAAACCAUAUUAAGGCUCCACAAGACCCUCAUCAGGCCUGUCCUAACAUAUGGAGCAGAAAAUUGGUCCACAAUGAAAGCAAAUAAGGAUUGGUUCCAUAUAUUGGAAUGGAAAAUAUUGAGGAGGAUUUAUGGACCUAUACUUGAGGAAGAACAGUACAGCAGCAUGGAUGUGAUAGAGUUUGUUAAAAAGCUUAAGGGGCUUUGUUGUAACAGUCUCGUGACAAGAAUGAAUAACACUGAGAUACCAAAAAAACUUUUGACAAAGGUUCUAUAUUGGAUCUGCAGAGUUAGAAGAACAAAUGCAAAAUGGCUGGAUAGAUUGGCAGCAGAUGAUAGACAGCUUCUUGAAUUGAGGUGUUUUUCAGAACUCUUGCUCCUUCACUCCUCCAUUGAGUGGCAGUAUUUCACUGAAACAUGAAGUGUUGUGCCAUGCUUUUUGACACCGUUACAUAUUGAGAUUCUCUAUCGAACCAAGGUUCAUCUCUUUUGAAUAUCCUGUAGACUAAGUAUUUCAUUUGCAGCCACCAAUUGUUUCUUUGCAUGUCCCCAACAUCUGAUUUAUAUCUUAAGGCUAUCAGUGCUUCUCAGUGUCCCAUCCAUGUGGUUAAUAAACAUUAGUCUGAUUUCAGGAUUCCUUACUUUUUGGACUUAAUGAACUCUGGUAUUAAUCCUCUGGCCCAGGAAAAACCUAGUAUAGCCUAUAAAGAGCAAGGGCAAAAAAAAACCCACCAUAAAGUCUCAUGGCAUCCUUCCACUGGGAUAGGUCCUAUCCUGGAGUGGAUCUCUAGGCUAUCCAUCACCCAUGAGCUUGCAGAAAAGUGUUUUCUGCCUGCAACAUAACAUUAUAAACUGCAAGAUAAUCCUUGUCGAUAUUUUUACUUUUACCCAUCAUCAUAGUGACCAUGAUAAUGAAGAUGAUGGCUUUGCAUAGCAACAACCACUGACAGGCUUGUAAUAUGUUUGGUGGUAGUUUAAGGAGUUAUUCAAAUAAAAAGUGUUACGUAAAGUUUUUAUUUGGUUUACAUUUUCAUUAACAAUCACAUUGACAUAUCAAUUUAUAUAAUAGCAUGCAAACUUAUUAUUGUCUUACCACAUUUUUUCCCUCCCCCCAUAGUUAUGGGUUUAUACAUGAAACGAAACUUCAUAAAUUUGAAUUUAUAAGUUUUGAUAAUGAUUAAGAGGUAAUAAUAUUCCAUGUUAAAUCGGUAACUUUCUACCAUUUUCACAAUUAAACAGUUCAUAAUCUUUAAAAAUAAAAUUAAUUUUAACAUAACAAUUCUUAUUGUGAAUGGUUGAAAGCAAUGAGAAAUUUCACCACAAAAUAAGCAUAGAAAGAAUUCCGGAAGGAGGGUGCACGGAUGGCGAAGGAUUUAGUUUUAUGAGAAGAUCUAUAUAUAAAUCUAUGUAUUAUAUAUCCAUACAUAAAUCAAUAGAUUGAGAUCUGGUAUUAAGAGAGUGGAUAGAGUAACGUAAAGUGAGGAGUUCCAUGAUAUAGGGAGGAUUUUUGGUUCUUAGGACCUGGAAAAGAAAAACACCAAGAAGGAAUUGUCGUCGGGAAAUAGGAUAGAGCCACUUGAACUCGGUAUACCAAUAGGAAACAUGAGAAUGCCUGGGAAUUCCAAAGAUGGAUCUUAUAAAACAGUUCAUAAGUAUCUUCAAUUUCACCUCCAGUCUUUCAGACAGCACUCCAUACACCAAGCAACCGUAGUCGAAGUGGAGAAAAAAAAGAAGUAUAUAUUUUUGAAAAUUAAGUUACAAUACAAUUGAAUAUCAAAAUAAAAUGUUUUAGAAUGAGACAUAUUCUAGUAAAAAAGUAAAUAAAUAAAAGAAUAUUUGAAUAGGAAUUUUCAUUGAGUUUAAGAACGCAGUGAAGAAAGAAAAAAAAAAAAGACUUUGCUGUCUGUCAUUCAAUUGUUGGUACUCCUUAUAAUCCCAUGAAUUAAAUUAAUUAAAAAACUUUUCAGAUAAAAACAUUAAUUUAUUGAUGAUGUAAAAAAAAUACAAGUGAAGAUGUAUUAAUUAAUGAAUUGCAAAAGUGGUGGUUUUCUUCAGUUUUUUUCAAAUAGCUUGUAUACCAAAUAAAUAAAAACAAUGUCUACCAACUGCUUCCUGCAAAGCCCAAUACCACGCCCUUAUGAAGACCUCCAAAGUGAGUCAAAACAUCAGUGUAAAAAUACUGUUUUAAUAUAUAGUAUUUAUUUUACCGCCCCCCUCUCCUCCCUCUUCCCCCAGCCCGACUAUCUUCUCAUAAUAAAAACAAUGUUUUAUUUCAUUUGUUUCAUAUCUUUUGUAUGGUUUGAAGAGUAAUAUAAAUUUUAUUAAUAAUUCUUAAUAAAUUUAAUUAUUUGCACUUUGUGACAAUGGCUAAAAAUAUUCUCUUAAGAUGAUAAGAAAGUUUUAUGGAAGUUUAGAAAGUUAGAAAACAAACUUCUGCAAAGUGAAGUUAAUUAUGCUAUUGCUUAGGCUUAUUUAGGCUACCAAUUUCAAGGCUGAACAAUGUUGAGGAGGAAUUGAAUGAAUAAUUACUGUAGCUAAUUGGAGGAUGAACCAUGUAACCAAGUAGAGGCUAAUCUACACUUAAAAAGGUGUUGGAAAAUUUUUCCAUUAAUAAAGCCAAAGGAUAAGAAGGGACAAAUGUUAUACUAAAGCCUUUGCAUAAGGAAAUUUAUGGAUGCAUUUUUAUUGAACUUGCUAGGUUGCAUUUAUUAGUAGUUAGGAAGGUUGAGAUUUUCACUAAUUGCCUAAUACAAUUCAUACUGCUAUAUCAGUUUUUCAUUGAUAAGAGCUACAGUUGCUGAUUUAAGAUUCUGUUCAACUUCUUUAAUCAGAAGGCUACGACACUUGAUAAACAUCAUUUGUGGUCAUAAAUGGAAAAGGCCUUAACUCCAUUAGAAAAUAAAAUCAGCUUUUAUUUUCUUUCGGAAAAGAUUAUUCAUCAAUUAUGAACAGUUUAAAACUUUAAUCUCAUUUCAAAAAUAAUUUGAUAUAAAAUAAUUAUUAUAUAAUUUCAAUAAAUAAUUAAAAAUAAAAUUAAAUACAUAGAUUAUAU